CGGUACCUCCGCGGGCAAGGCGAGCGCCGAGCGGAAUAUUCGUGCGGGAGAGAGAAGAAUACGGAGGCGAAGAGAUGAGGAGAGGAAAAAAAAAUAAAAUAAAAAAAAAAUAGAAAAACAAACAAAAUGACGAGGAUCGUAAUAAAAAAGAGAGGAGUAAGAAUUUGAGGGCAAAAAAGAAGAGGAGUCGGCUCGAAGAAGCACCUGCCAUGGACGUCGCGCGCCCGUACAAGGACGAACGUUCGAACUACCAUACAGCAUUACAGGGUAGAGAGAGGAGAGAGAUAAAAGAGAGGCGAAGUUGAGGAGUCGGAGAGUUUCUCUCCGGCUCUUUCUGAACUUGUUCCUUGUAAUGUUGGAAGUCCGCGGUGCUCGGCGUACAGGCGGUAGUGGCGGUAGCGGUUAGCAGGUAGCGCGGCAUCGACGCGGGUUUUAAAUCGCCAUAAAAGUAUACAGCUGCGGGAAAUUUAAAACUUGCGAAAUUACGCCAUCCGCGGUACGUACGCGUGCGGCUAAAAUGGAUCUCGGUAAUUACGUCUUUGAUCCAAAUCAAGCUAUACACAAGCUCGGAUCUUUCGUCCCCGUUGCACGGAGUUGCCUAUAUACGCGGAACGUCGACCGGCGGGGACACGGAGAGCGAAAGAAAACGUAAGAAAAGAAAGACGGAAAAAAAAUUAAAAAAAAAAAAAACAAACGAAAACGUAAAAACACGCGCGAAGAAACGGAGAAUCCGGUGAGCGGAAUGCUCCCUUCGUCGCAGUCACGGCCGUCCGGGAAAGCUUCGGGACCCGUGCAACACAAUACACCGCGUGCACGUACGCCGCCGCCUCCCCCUUGGACGUUAGAGCCGCCCUGGCUGGUGCAGGGAAUAUCGGAACGAGUCACGGAUCGACGGGUAAAUCUCUUACGUACUGCGGGUCUGUACCGUUCGACCGCAGCCGGUGAAGAUCCGUAGCCGAGGUCUCGCGGAUCUUGUCCAGAUCGGAGUAGAUCCUCCAAGUUUAUGCCGACUUCCUCAGGGCCCGCGUAUCACGCCGCAGAUCCGAGAGAGAUUCCAGAUCUUAGAUUAUAGAUUCCAGCUGAUCGUGUUUGCUUUGCCACACCGCCUAUAGAUCCACAACUUGUUACCAGGAUCACAACGAUCUUCGCACGCACGAAACCGCCGACACUAGUAUAUAUACCGUACUACUCGAUCCACGUCUCAUUUCUUCCUUUAACUUUGACUUCUAUCUGCAACGUUACCACCUCGCGCCGCGAGUGAUUCCCCUCGUACUUCCAACUCGAUCGUCCCGGAAAUUAUUUUCAAGUAUAUAAUAAGGGUGUACGGGCAGGUGUGCCGUAAUGGCGCUUCUAUGAUUGGCCGGUAUGAUACGAGUAAUUUUGCUGUACCGACGAUUAUUUAUUCGAAUGGUAGAAUUUUUUUCUCUUCCACGGUCUUCGGUUUCCGAGUUCGGUAGAAUUCGUUGGUUCCGAUCCGAGGUGAUCGGUGGGGAAAAGUUGCAAGGAUACCGAAGAUCAUAUAUCCUCGGAACUCGAAAUUCCGCGAAGCGACGCGCGCUGGUGGCAAGACUCGUUAGAAUCGAACGUAUAUAUGAGCGGUAGAGGUAGGAGAAUAUGCCUCGAGUGUCUGCGAUUGCCAUUUUUUCCUAAUUAACGAUACUGAUGAAGUCUGUUAACGCUCUUAAUGAAUCGCCAACGGGCAAACCGUACACCUAACAACAUCGGCAGAUGUCAGCGGCAUACGGGGGCAUCAGCAGCAACGCCAGUAAGAGUAGUGCAACGGCAGCUACGCGCCUUUUAUAUACCAACAACUAUUACAUUAUGUGAUAUAAAUCCCGUCCCAAAAAUGCCAACGGCGUUUCCACGAGGAUUAUUACGAACCCGGGACGUAUUACUCCAAGCGAUGAACCUGUCGUCCGUUUUACGUUUUGUAAGUUAACCCGUUAAAUUACCGAUAAAAAACGUUAAAACGGGACGACCGUAUAGUCGACCGUUCGUACGUAGGUUGCGUCUUAUUAUUCCCUCGUUUGCGAUGGUGAUCAAUCUGGACUACGGGGACUCGGCGUUUCUCGGAGAAAGAAGGGAGACGGUGCCUACGCCGAGACACUUUUGCGAUUAAUAUUCAACGAUGUAACGAUAUUAUCUAGCACGUUGAUGUCUCCCAUUAUUUUACGGCGAGCCUCGCGAACGUUAUUAUUUCUUUACCAUGAAUCAUGUGAUCGGUGGUUUUAAUCGCUUUUCAGGUGUGUGUACGUAGAUACCGCCUUACUACGGCGUACGGCUACGUCGACUUUGUAAUCCUUUGCUCGCAUCCAUGUCAUCGGUUCAUACGAGACCUCAAUUAUCAAUCGGAAUUAUUUAGCAUGAAAUUAUUCAACGAAGCGGGGCGUUUUUCAUUUUAUUUUUUCCUCCAUCGAUUUUCACACGCAGCUUCGUCGAUCGCGAUUUUUCACGAGCGCUCGAACAUCGGCGUCCGUUUCACCCGAAGGUAAAAACCUGAGAGAAAAAUUUCGAGCCUUAUGUAAAUGAACCGCGACGUUGUUAACAGUGGGUCCGUCCGCUACGCCGACGGGAGUAGGCAAUUCCCUCCCUCGAGGUGAGUUACAGUUGAGCACGGGAUCGGUAAUUGCCAUUCAUUUGUUUAACUCGAAUGGUAAUUGUUCGGUCUAAUAAAACAAAGCGAUUUGAAACGCGUAUGUUUCAUAUAUGUAUACACCGCGUUGAGUGACGCCAUAUUGUAGCCGUUAUCCGCGUAGCCUUCCGGCUGGAUAGACUCGUAAAGUUAUACCCCGGUCUUCGGAGCGUGCAUCUCUCGAGGCCGUGAUUUGUACGAGUAUUAACCGGGGUGGUUGGGAUUUUAAAUGUUACUUGGUGCGUCUCAUUAAAUCCGUUUGCAUUAAAGGUCGUUAAAUUGUUGGUAAGGAAAAAGUUAUUCGACGCCGGAGGUAACGCUACGGCGGGACGACAACGGCGAUCAAGUAGACCGGACGGACGCCUGCAGGACGACGACGACGACGACGACGACGACGAGGAGCGACGUGUUCCGAUCGAGACUAGCCUCGUCAUAGAAAAUCCGAGUCACAGCGGAACUUGUACGCGUACAGGUGGAGAACGGCCGCGAUAGGAGAUCGUUAACUCUCCGGCCGACCGCCAUUCAUUAUAAUUUUAUCAAUUAAACAUUAACGCAAAUUCCGUAACAUCAUUUCCUAUAUGGCUAAUUAGAAAACUUCGUGGCUUGUAUGAUCGAAGAUCCACGUUAACGUAACACGAACGCAUCGCUACGGUUCUGACAUUUCUUCGAGUCGCUUCGUUACUCGACGUGGGCUACACGUACGUCGAUCGAUCGGACGAUAGAAAAUUUUAUCACAAAGAAACGAAGAGAAAAAAAAAACAAAAAGAAGAAGAAGAAGAAGAAGGAAAAAACACGAAAGAAAAUGUCGAACAAGUUCUUAAAAAGGUGUACCCUGGCUUUUUUCUCUUUCGACGCAUACCGGAUAGCCGCUGUCCAUCGUGUCUUUUGAAUUUUUUGAGCCGAACGUGUGCCACUUUGCAUGAAAUUAUAUCCGUACGGUUUUUCCUAUAAACCAGGCGUAUAUUUAUACGCGAUAUAUACAGGCAUAGACCGGCAUGCAAAUAUACGUUUAUACCUUUUACGCAGCUCCCUGGGUAUAAGGUAAAACCUAGAGUACGCCCAUUCACGGCAUGUCUUUAGCAUUUUUCUCUACCUUCGAUAAUUAUAGCUACGAAAAUGGUAAUUUUCUAUUAACGGGGAUCAAUCGUGAAAGAUGCAAAUGGAGUAAAUCGAUUUAGAUUUUCAUCUCGGAUAUACGGGCGUCGCUGGCCGGGGACGUCGAUUUUCUUCGGCGUGCUCAUACCGUGAAUUCGAAAUUAACAAACCAUCGAUAGCAAAAUUUAUAUCCGUCCGAAUUCGAACGGUGUGGUACGGCGUUCGCAGCAGAUAUCGAAUCGGGUGAAGUCGAUGCUGUUGCGACGGUAGCUCCGAUCGGGUAUGUAAUGUUUAUUCGAUCAGGUGACUUUAAAUUGAAUUCUCAGACGGGGGAUCAACGUCGCAAACUCGCUGUAUUUCCAUCGGGGUUACGAACAGUUUGUUAAAGUGCAACAGCGGCGAGUCGUGGCUCGGCGUAUAUACCGUCGCCAACAUCAGCAUGAGCAGCAGCAGCAGCUGCAGCAACAACUUCAACUUCUGCAACUUGGUGCCACCGCGGACUAGACGACGACGCAGCAGCAGCGGCAUUGAUGUAGCCGUCCGUGGAGAUCGGAGGAAACUGCGAAAGGGACCGGAGAAGGCGCCGAUUUACGCGCUUCGGAAUUCGGAGAAAACCGAACGGGUGAGAAGUUUCGUUCGACGUUGCGACAACGAUGGAGUUAUUCCGAGGAUGCCGAGGUGCGUCGGCGAUCGUUUCAUACCACGGAGACAAGGUCAGAAGUUGGACGAGGCGUAUCAGUAUCUCGAACCCGUACCCCCGGAGAAAACUACCGAUGGCCAUUGCAUCGAGUUACCCAAAGACGUGAGAUCAAUUUCGAACGGCAUACGUCGCGAUUGGGAAAAACGCGACAUGGUUCGAGCCCUGGCGACCGUAUUUCCGGGAGCAGGAGGACGGCGACGAUUGCUCAAACAAUUCGGAACGACGUGUAGCAGGGGUACGGGAUAUUCGUCGGGAGGAGAGGACACGAUUCCCGGUAGUUUCGUGGGACUCCCGAAGAACUUCGCCGACGAGAGAUACUCGACAACCGUCGACGAUUACCGUUGGCCAGUCAAACCACGUCGACGUCCGGUAAUCGGAAGACCGGAUCGUAUCCUCGAUGUUCCGCAAUUUCGAACGAUGGAAUAUAACAAAUGUCUCGUAGAUUGGAGUUCGAAGAAUUUGAUUGCGACUGUCAUCGGGCGAUCCGUGUGCGUGAUAAGAGAUCGCUUGGACGAAGAUGCUUGUGACAUUAAAAUAGAGUUUUACAGCAACUGUACGGCUGUGAAAUUCAGCAAUUCAGGUGAUAAACUAGCGAUCGGAAGAGACUCCAACUGCAUCACGAGCGUGUUCUCUCAUUACACGGCUAAAUAUGCUUCGGAAUUCAAAUGUGACGACCAACUUCAUCCCGUUCGUUAUUUCUGUCGACCGACGGCCUACGCCUGGUCGAACGACGAUAAAUAUUUGAUUGCCGGUUGCAGCGGCGGUUCGUUGGAAAUCGUUGACGUCGUGACGUUUUUGAAGAAGCGAAAACUCAUUCCCACGCCCGAUAGAAUAGUCCCAGUUGUCGGCAUUUCCUUUUCACCGAACAACAGAUUUCUGACGGUGACAUCGCUCGGUGGAUUCACGACGAUCUACAGUUGGCCCGGUUUGGACGUGUACAUGCAAAUUGUCACCAGUAGCAACUGCUUGACCAGCGCGUGGCACCCUUGGAAGGGCAGCUUGCUCUGCUUGGGUGGUAUGGACGGCUCUCUGACGAUGUGCGAUAUCCAAAGCCGGCUUCCCCACAGUUUUAAUACGACGAGAUUUCGCAGUUCCGUCGAUAAUUUAGCCUGGAAUAAAAUAACCGGUGAAUUAGUUGUUAAUUGGUUCGUACGUGAGCACGAACGGCGAGAAAGCGCGGUGAUAGUUUACGCGAAUUUCGAUUUCAUCACCGACGUCAUCACGCCGACGGCAAACAGAAGCAGAGUCGGUCACAUGCUGUGGAGUCCCGAUGGAGCUACGAUUGCCUGCCAAGCCCAGCAGUCCAUAUUCAUGUACGGGUUUCUCGAUAAAAGUAGAAAAGAGCGCAUGGAAAAAGAGAAGAGACUCGAACGCGAUAGACGACGUCGUUCAACGGGCCUUUCGUACUUCAACUUGCGGUGAAGAAGCGAAAAACUAUUUUACUCUUUUCACUCUUUUUCAUAAUCAAUCUUCAGAUCGGAUUCCAGAUCCUUUUUUCUCGUGUUGUCUAGUCCGUUUUGUCUGUGUGUAAUAUUUUUUUGAAACGAUUCUGUCAU